UGCUUCAAUGCCAACCGAAUCUCACUCGUUUCCUCACCUCUUCAUAUUUCCCAUACACUUUCUCUCUCUACAUAUACACACAUAACAUUGUGUAGGUAUACCUUAACUUUCUAAACAACACUUUCGAGUAUCCAUCUCACAAGGGCUAAGCACAUUUUUUUGGUACUCGAUUCGACACGGCAUACUUGAGUUCGGUAUUAUACAAUUUAUCCCAUCAAACAAGCCGAUCGACAUUCUUAUAUUAAAGCAACUCCAACCUUAUUAACAUUUUUUUCUCCACCACCUCUCUUUAUCUAUCUAAUAUUAUGCAAGCUCCAGAACAAGUUAUGGGGGCUAAGGAGCACCGCCAUAAAAUCAAAGGAAAGCGCGCCAAGAGGUCAAGGCCGUCAUCUCCACUUGCAUUAACCAUGGCCACCACCAGCUCAUGCAGCACCGCAGCCAGUGACGGUGGCUUUGGCGGUGCAAGUGAUAUUUCAGGUAGCUUCGAUCGUUUUGCCGCCUUGCCGCCUAAUUCCCAUGAACAUACUGAUGAAGAAGAAGAUAUGGCCAAUUGUUUAAUUCUUUUGGCCAAAGGCCACACCAGAAAACCAUCAGAACCGGCUGCGGCGGAGGCUUCCACCUCCAAUAAGACGGCAGCAGUGGCGGCGGCUGCAGAGGUUUACCAGUGCAAGACUUGUAACCGAUGUUUCCCUUCAUUCCAAGCUCUUGGUGGACACAGGGCAAGUCACAAGAAACCUAAGCCGACAACCCUAGAACAAAAUCCACAGAAUUUUCAAUUCAAUUACGAUCAAAGAACAAUUCUUUCACUUCAAAUCUCAAGCAAAAAUUCGGGCUGCAACCCACAAAACAAAUCUAGGAUUCAUGAGUGUUCAAUAUGUGGGGCUGAAUUCAGCUCCGGCCAAGCUUUAGGUGGUCAUAUGCGGCGGCACAGGCCGAUGCCGUUGGCUACGGUGGCACCUGAUAGUAGCCAUGAAGAGUCUAAAGAAGCUACGAAACCAAGAAAUCUGUUGUCAUUAGAUCUUAAUCUUCCUGCCCCAGAACCAGAAGAUGAUGAUCUUCGAGAAACCAAGUUCUCUUUUGCAUCCAAAGAAAUUAUUGUCUUCUCCGCCUCUCCUUUGGUUGAUUGCCAUUACUAGUUUAUUCAUAUACUAUUGUGAAUUAUUAACAAAUUAUUCAAAGGAGAUAUAAUUAUUCUGUAUUCAUAAUUCAUUAAUAAAUUUGUUUAAUUUUUUUACUU